CAUCUCCCGUUAAUCCGUUUCAUGUUCUCGUUGGGCAAUAAAAGCUGCGCUCGGAGCUCCGGAAGUUUCAAAAAGGAAAAAGCGCGUCUAAUUCUUUUCGUGUCAAGUUCAUCGUCAUCUUCUGUGAGCAUGAGGAUUGGGAUUGUGGGGUUUGGCCGCUUCGCCCAAUUUCUGGCGAAGACAUUUAUCAGACAAGGCCACACCCUUCGGGCUACUUCUCGCUCCGAUUACUCCCUCCUCUGCUCCCAAUUAGGGAUCCAUUUCUUCAGCGAUGUAACUGCAUUCCUCGACGCCGACAACGACGUCGUGCUCAUCAGCACAUCCAUUCUUUCUCUAUCAGAGGUUCUCAGGUCUAUGCCACUUGAUCGACUCAAGAGACCUCUGCUGUUUGUCGAUGUACUUUCAGUCAAAGAGUACCCGAGACAAGUUCUAUUACAAGUUUUGCCGGAGGAAUCAGAUAUCCUCUGCACGCAUCCAAUGUUUGGACCGGCUAGCGGCAAGGAUGGGUGGAGAGACCUCAAUUUCAUGUAUGAAAAAGUUCGGAUCAGAAAUGAAGAUACCUGCUCUAAUGUCCUCCAAAUUUUUGCGAGUGAAGGCUGCACAAUGCUGGAAAUGUCCUGUGAGGAACAUGAUAGAUUAGCUGCCAAGAGCCAAUUUAUUACGCACGCCAUAGGCAGGACAUUGGGAGAGAUGGAAAUCACGUCCACACCUAUCGACACCAAGAGCUUUCAGACACUUGUUCAAACGAAGGACACUGUCAUGAAGGGUAGUCUUGAUCUCUUCAGUGGAUUGUUCAUGCAUAACAGAUUUGCCAGACAGGAGCUGGAAAACCUUGAAAAUUCCUUGCACAAAGUCAAGGAGAUGCUGAUUCAAAAGACGAAUCAGGAGCAAGAGAAGACUGAAUGUUGAUGCUCGGCAUCGUUGACGAUCAAGAAGCAUCCUGAGCUAUACAUCUUUUCCAAUUUCAAUCCCUUCCAACGCCGUACAAAUCAGAGUCUAAAUCUUUCUUAUUAAUUUAGUACAAAUUUCUCGUUGUAGGGUUUUUUUCUUUUUUUUUUUUUGGGGGGGCGGGGGACGCUUCUUACACACUCGUAGUUUAUGUUACACUCUUUCCGAACUCUACAAGAGUGUUACCA